AUGUCUGAGCUGAUCCUCUGCAGGUUGGAAAUGUCCGGUAUUCCAGAUAUUACCAUUCUGCAGCUCCAAGCAUUCCUCCACUGGCUCUUUCGUAACUUGGCCAGAGGCCGUCCAACCUUCCAGUCCUCUCUCUACCCACUCCAUAAUAUUGGCUUGGCCAGCAAAGCUGUGGAUGGGAAUUGCAAUGGGGACUGGUACAACAUCAAGUCCUGCACCCACACCAACCGUGACUAUGAGCCCUGGUGGUACGUGGACCUGGGAGAGGAAUAUGCCAUUGCUACUGUGGUGGUGAAGAACCGGGGGGACUGCUGCGGAGAAAGACUCCAGGGAGCUCAGAUCCGUGUGGGAAACUACGGGGGGAACAACUGCAAAUCCAAUUUCCACUGUGGGACCAUCACAGACACCCGUGCAGGCUCCAUCAGCACCAUCAGCUGCUAUGGGUUCAAGGGCCGCUACUUGAAAGACAAGAAGUCCUGUUUGCCAGUUCACCAAGAAGGGCCACCAACAUCUCUUGUCUCAAGAAUGAUCCGGAUCUGGAUGGGCUUGCUGGCCACUGUGGUGAUCCUGGUUGGACACGGAGAGGCUUGGAGCUGCAAGCCGGAGCUGCAAGGCCAUUUUCGUAACUUGGCCAGAGGCCGCCCAGCCUUCCAGUCCUCUCUCUACCCACUCCAUAAUAUUGGCUUGGCCAGCAAAGCUGUGGAUGGGAAUUGCAAUGGGGACUGGUACAACAUCAAGUCCUGCACCCACACCAACCGUGACUAUGAGCCCUGGUGGUACGUGGACCUGGGAGAGGAAUAUGCCAUUGCUACUGUGGUGGUGAAGAACCGGGGGGACUGCUGCGGAGAAAGACUCCAGGGAGCUCAGAUCCGUGUGGGAAACUACGGGGGGAUCCUUCAAUCCAUCAAUCACUCCAUCUACAUAUCUAUCUCUCCUCCGUCCUCUCCCUGCAGCUGUGGGACCAUCACAGACACCCGUGCAGGCUCCAUCAGCACCAUCAGCUGCUAUGGGUUCAAGGGCCGCUACGUGAGCAUCAUCAUCCCUAACCGAAGAGAAUGGCUCCAUGUCUGCGAGGUGGAAGUCUAUGGCACCAAGGAGUACAGUCAGUGCUAAAAGAGUUCACCCGUGCAGAUGGUGAAAUCCAUGAUUGUGAGCAAUAAACUUCC